UCGCUUGCGUUUUCUCUUGUGACGGAUUUAUAAUGGCACUUUCUCCGCGAGACAAGCAGCGCUAUGAGCUGGAGGUCAUAAAUGACAAGUUCUCUGAGUGUUUGGAGCGAUCGAAACAGUUCGCAGAAUGCGGCGAGCCCUACCGAUACGACUACACCGCCUUGACGCGACAAAACGACGAUUUACAAAGGUUACUGCACGUACAUGACGGCCAACUAGCCAAGAUACGAUGCGAAUUGGCGAAAAAGGAAGCAGAGUGUGCUAAUGAGCAACUGAAGCUGGAGAAAUCACAGAAGCAGAUGCAAGAGCUUGAGAAAAGGAUCACUGAUAGCCGAGCACAGCGCGAUGAAGCUUCCCGCGCUCUAGAUGACGCCGAAGAGGAACUUUCUAAAAACAAAGCUGCGAAUACAAUACUGAAAGAGAGAAAUAAGAAGUUGGAGCGAGAGCUGGAAUUAGAACAAGAACACCUGCAACGCCAACAUGAUCAUUGGGAGGUACAGCUAAAAGAAGAACAGCUUCAGAAAGCUGCUAUAGAAGAGACAGUAAUGAUUAGAACUGGCCACUUGGAGUCAUCGGUUCCUGGUUUGGAAGCAGGGCAUGAGUCUCUUGAUCACUCAUUGAAUGGUUACAUGGCAAUGGAGGAAGCUCUGAUGACAAAGUCAGCAACUUUGGAGUCAGACAAAAUAAAAGGAAAACUUGAUUACUGGCGUGGAGAGUUAAAAGAAUUAGAAGCAACAACAAAAAUAAAGACACGUGAGAACUUUGAAGAGAUUAAGAAAGGGUGUGAAGAGAAAGUGAAACAAACUGAAAGCAGAACUCGCCUUGAGGUUGACCGUUUGCAGGAUGCCAAUACAGAGAUCUUGGACAAACUAAGUAGACUUGCACCACAAGUGAAGGAAAUACGUGAAGAGACUGAUGCUCAGAGUAAAAUGGUCAUUCAACUAGAGGAUCUAAUAGAGGAACAAACUAAAGAUGUUGAGGACAUUGGAGUGGCAUUUGAGCUCUGCUAUUACAAAGUACUGCUUGAAGAGCUUGCUUCACAAAGAGAACAAUCUCUGCAUCAAACCACUGCAGAAGAAGACAAAACUACCUCAAGCUCUCAACCAUUUGCAGCAGUGGGAGGUGGUUAUGAAUCUGGUAUUCAAAGUACUAGUGGUCAUGCCCAGAUACAGAAUGAUGAGGGGAAUGCAAAGUGGAAUUUGAACUCAGCACCCAGCUUUGACCGUAACCUUACAGAAGUUAAAGCUUUGGUGGAUGCGACUGAAGCAGCAUCAGCUAGAAUGCUGCAGAAUGCAUCAUCCACAAUGACUAGUGAAUGUUGACUGAGAGCGUACUUUAUCAGAUGAACUUAUCUGAAAUCACUUGCUAGGUUGCAUAAUCUCGAUGGACAAUAUAUUAGUUAUUAUGACAUGUAGAGCAAAGUGAGAUAAAGGAACUACGUAUUUGCUAUCAACAAACACCAAUUCCAAAUAAGGAUGGAAAUGAAUGAUUAUUUUGCUGGUAGUGUUCAAUCAUCUCACAUGUCACAAGUAACUACCAGUAUCUCAGUGUGAAGGGAUUAUACUGUUUUUUCAAUACAGUAUUGUGUGUGUGGGUGUGCACACGUGCACACGUUGGCACAUGCAUCAUGUCUCUCUGUUUGUGUUU